AUGUUGGCAGACCAGAUGCGCAGAGCAAGCAAGGUCUUCGCCCUGUGGCUUGUCUUCACCGCCAUUGUGCACCACACUUGCACCAUGCGGCAGAGUACACUGAUGUGCACGACUGGCUCGAUGAUGCUCAGGGUCGCUAGCGCAGCUGCGGAGCAUGACGGAGCAGACUUCUGGAUGAUGCGGCGCUUUCUGCGGAGGAACCAAGUCCCGAUGGAGCUCGCGUCCCGCAUCCAGCGCUUUGUGGAGCACGCGCACUCGCAGCAGCAGAAGAAGAUGUCCGUCAAGGUCUUGUCACUGCUUUCGGGAGGUUUGAUGGAGGAGCUCCAGUGCGCGGCAGUCAUCACAGUGCAGCGCCUGGCCAAAGAGGCUGUGCAUCGCUUCCAGCUCGCUCGAGGGGACACGCAGUUUCUUCCGAGUCAAGAAGGCAGCUACCUGUACUUCAUCGCUUCUGGCCGCAUGCAGUACGUGAGGGAUGCCGACACACAGAACGAACGCGUGGACGUUGUGGACAAGGGUGAGGAGGGGCAGCUGGUGCAAGACUGGAUUGGCGAACCGGUCAUGUGGACUCCGUUCUGGGUGCAUGUGGGCCAAUUGACUGCCGUCUCAGAAUGCGAUCUUUGCGCUGUGGCGCCCAAGGAGUUUGGCGAGAUCGUGGCACUCGUACGGCCGGCAGAGGGAACUGGGUGCGGGUAUGUACGGUUGUGA